UCUAUGACAGUGACCAUAGAUUAUACACUUAAUAUAUGUGACUCUAUUGUAGGAUUUUAUAAACAAGUUAUUUAAUUUAAAAUUUAUCUGGGAUGAGUUUGUUUGAUAGAAGAAACUAAAAAUCGCUUUAUUCGGAUUUCUUUGUAAUAUUUUUAGUCCAAAAAAUUUGAUAACGAAUUUGUAGUCAUGAAUGCACCGCCGACAUUCGAAUCGUUCUUGUUGUAUGACGGUGAAAAAAAGGUUCAAAAAGAAGAAGAUACAAAAGUUACAAAUGCAGCAAUAUUUACAGUUAACAAAGAGGACCACACACUUGGUAACAUGAUCAGACAUCAACUGCUGAAGGACCCAAAAGUCCUCUUUGCCGGUUACAAGAUACCGCAUCCAUUGGAACAUAAAUUUGUACUCAGAAUUCAAACAACAUCAGACUAUACACCACAGGAAGCGUUCAUGAAUGCCAUUACAGACUUAACAUCUGAACUCUCAUUAUUUGAAGAAAGAUUUAAAGUAAGUUGUUGGCACGAUCUGCAUUCUAUGAUUUUUUUUUGUUGUUGCUUAGAUGGGUAGACGAGCUCACAGCCCACCUGGUGUUAAGUGGUUACUGGAGCCCAUAGACAUCCACAACGUAAAUGCGCCACCCACCUUGAGAUAUAAGUUCUAAGGUCUCAAGUAUAGUUAAAACAGCUGCCUCACCCUUCUAACCGAAACGCAUUACUGCUUCACGGCAGAAAUAGGCAGGGCGGUGGUACCCACCCGCGCGGGCUCACUAGAGGUCCUACCACCAGAAAAAUGUGUAAAAAUUUGCUUAAAAAAAUGUGUAAAAUAUAAGUGUUUAUUAUUAUGAUUGUUUUUCCAUAUAUUAUUGCUUCGUUUUUCAGGAAGCUAUAAAGGAGAAAAAGGAAGGCUUAGAUUAAUUAUAAUAAAAUUCUUAUUAGUGUGUAUUAUUGAAAUUGAAAUAAGAAUAUUUGACAAUAAAACUAAAAUCUGGUGUUUAGAAUUAAAUACAGUAA